GUAUUAUUUUGGUAAAAGGCAAUUGGAUCCAAUGAAGGAAAGAUAUGGAGAGAUCUCAAUAAUCCGACUUUGCCCUUCAACAAAUUCAAAUUUCUCUGUUCACGAUCCAUAACCAUAAAUAUAUAUUCCUUUCGCAAAUUGAGCUUUUGGAUUUUGGAUUUUGGAUUUUGGAUUCUCUCUCUCUCUCUCUCUCUGUGUGUUUUGGUAAUCUGCAGUUUUUUCUUUUCCCUUAUUCGACUCUAUUUCGUCUCCAGAAGGACGAGCAGGAAGAAAAUGGCCAUGGAUGGAGGUGGCGCAGUGCACAAUCGCUCAGUGGAAGAUGUUUUCAGUGAUUUUAGGGGACGAAGAAACGGCGUCAUCAAAGCCCUCACCGUAGAUGUUGAAGAGUUCUAUCAACAAUGUGAUCCUGAGAAGGAAAAUCUAUGCUUGUAUGGGUUUCCAAAUGAAGUAUGGGAAGUUAAUUUACCUGCUGAAGAAGUACCUCCAGAACUUCCAGAGCCAGCGUUGGGUAUUAAUUUUGCAAGAGAUGGCAUGCAAGAAAGGGAUUGGUUGGCUUUGGUUGCUGUCCAUAGUGAUUCUUGGUUGCUCUCUGUUGCCUACUAUUUUGGUGCGAGAUUUGGAUUUGAUAAAACAGAUAGGAGGCGGCUUUUCAAUAUGAUAAAUGAUUUGCCAACUGUAUUCGAAGUAGUCACAGGUAUUGCAAAGAAACAAGUUAAGGAGAAGUCAUCAAGUGCUAAAUCCAAGUCGAGCUUUAAAACGAGGGAAGCUGAAAUGCAAGGAAUGUACGCAAGGCAGCCGCAGGCAAGGGAAGAGGUAGAGACGUUGUAUGAAGAAGACGAAGAUGAGCACGGUGACACUUUGUGUGGGGCAUGUGGUGAGAAUUAUGCUUCAGAUGAAUUUUGGAUUUGCUGUGAUAUCUGUGAGAAAUGGUUCCAUGGAAAGUGUGUUAGAAUAACUCCAGCAAAAGCCGAGCACAUUAAGCAAUACAAAUGCCCAUCCUGCAGCAACAAGAGAAGCCGCAUUUGAAUGGUAUAGUACAAAUCUGGAAAAGGAAAUUUCUAUUUUGAUUGAUAAAUUGAUAUCACAGGGCAAAUUGCUUUGCUUUUGAGCACAUUUCAUGUUUCCAGUUUUGGGUAUCACUUGCCUUUUGAGUUUCUAUGUAAAUUCUAGAUCGCUUAGUCUGUAAGAUUGCCUCUUAGUAUUUCCUUUUAAUUCUCUAUGAAAAUUAGCUUAUAACUUUGAAAGCUCUCAAGAAAUGAACCAUUUUUACCUUUUGAUUUAGUAAAGAAAUACUCAGUGAUCUGGAACCUCUA